ACGAACCUGAGUAGACAAUGGUAUUUCCGGCACUAAUACCUUAAACUCUCCACGGGUUAGAUGAAACCAUGGAGAUCUAACCAGCGCCUCACUACAACCAACAACAGACAAUACAAAUCAUUUUUGAGUGCUUUUAACUUGCAGAAAAUGAAUUAUGCUCAAUUAAUAACAAUGUAACACAAUUUUUUUUAAUACCUUUCAUCCUUGAAUGGAUAAAAAAUGUGGCUGAUCAACCACUGAUCCCUUUUUUAUAGCGACUUUGUAGUGAUGAAGGGGUCGUUCACCUUUAUUUUGGCAUUAGUCCUCUCGGGAUCUUUCCGGGUCCAAAUAGGACUCCGCAACCUAAUUGGAGACUUUCUAACCGCUUUCCCCUAUCAUUUAACAUAUGUAUUAAAACACUGAUAUCACAUAAACACAAAAAACAAAAGUGUGACUAGGGGUACCUUUCUCCUGCUGGUUGUGCUUUUCGUCUCAUGUUUACUCCUUGUUGCCAAGGAAAAUGAGCUAUCCGAGCUUAAGUUCACAACUUCGACUUUAUCGUCAUUCUUCUCCUUUCUGCCAUUUUCAGAGUUCCCACCGAACCUCACAAUCAACAGGUCCUAAACGACUGCACUGUUGUCCUCAAGUCGUUAAUAUCACCCUUCAACUCCCUUUUCAUAGAUAGCUGACCUUUUUCCAAGUCAGUCAUAAACAAAUGCAGGCUCCUGAUCUGCAUAACAAAAACCCAGGAAUUUAGGUACCCCAAAUAAAAAAUAACAAAAAAAAGGAAUGCAGGACAUUGUACGAAUUUCGAAACUUCACCUCAUUUGAUUCGGCUGCUGUCUUGUCUAACCUGAAAACAACAUUAAAAAAAUGAAGCUUCAGCAGGGGCCAUAAGACUCAGGAACAAAGGCAUCGGAAAACAACUCAAACUAACCCUUCCAUGACACCGAUCUUCCUUCUUUUGUUUUCUUCCCGAAAAUACGAAGAUUAUUCCACUCGGAUGAGUAGCUUAUAUAGGAAAAACGUGUUUAGAGUUCUGAUGAAGGAAGGGGACUGUUACAAAAUCUUUUUGUUGUGAUUUGUAUUUAUUAGAAAUAAAAUUAAAUAAACUAAUAAGCUUCCUAGAAGGUCAAAUACUUCUUAUCAAAACUCGUGGGUGGGAAUCAAAAUCCCUUUUCUUAUUAAGUCUCCUAGUCUUCAUAAUUGUGAUAUAUAAAACUGAAAUACUUUAAUCAUUCUUUCCUGGCGUGAAAAGUGCAGGGAGCUACAAUAAGGAAAAGAAAAAAAAAACCCCAAUCAUAAGCAACGCAAACAACAAGUCUGAGUGGAGGAACGACCUUUCCUGUGGUUGUAUAUAUAUAUUUCAUUUCCUCUUGUGAGAUUAUGUUGGAGCAUUGAAAUAAUAACAAAUACAUAGGUCAAGAGAGCCCCCAUAGACAAUCUUGCUUAUCUCCAAAUUCACAGUAUUUUGUUUUCUCAUUUUUCAAGGCUUAACUCAGAAGAUCUCUGCUGGGGGCUUCUUGAAGAAGACGUUGUUCAAUUUUGCGUACUCCCAGUAAGUGUUGUUUACUUGUUUUGGUAUUCUAGUCUGGUCUUUCAUCUCCAGCUUUCAUUUUACAUUUAAGCAUUGGCAUGUCCUUGUGAGCUCAACUUGAACAAAAAAACGGGAUAUUUCAUAAUUCUUGCUUGCGAUUCAGGUUCCUGUUUCUUGACUAACUGGUGAUCUCACUCUCGCUUCAGCAAACUGAGUAUUUUGAAAGGCGGGAGUAAGACAGACGAGGCAUCUCCACUCAGUGACAAGCUCGUCUUCAGCAAGGUAAUCAUGAUGCUUGGUCUUAACUCUUAAGUCAGUCUAAUUAUGUUGUCAAAUUGAGAAAUACUGUUAUGGUGUUUAACUCUGGUGGCUCUUCCUCACAGGUAAAGCAAGGGUUGGGAGGAAAUGUACGGCUAAUCCUAUCUGGAGCAGCACCACACAGCUAUGAAAUUGGUUCAUCAUUGUUAGUACCCUCUUAGAUCCUACCUUCCCUAGCCUUCCCUUGUCAAAUUGAGAAAUAUCAGCUAAUAAAUGAAGUGCAAUUAUGCAACAGCUGUAGAGAGCGAACCUGAUGGCCAUGGCAUAUUCCAAGCUUGAAUUGGCCAAUGGUUAGUGUCUUAGUCUCUGGAUUGCGAGAGUCUUCAUCAUAUUCACCUCUAGUGAUAUGCAAAUCAGGGCACAAACUCUUCAAGUAGUCAUGCACUUCCUGCUCGUGAAAGUCACACAGAACAAUAGCUAAUAAGAAUUACAAGUAUUUUAGCAAAGAGAAUAUGACCAGAGGUUUUGAAAGAAAUAAUAAACUAACUAGAGGUUUUGAAAUCAUAGAGGAAGCCAAGCAUUACUGAUAAGCUAGUGAAAAUGAUUAACUGUUGAUCAUGCACUCUCCUGUUACAAAGUUGAUCAUUAUACUUAAUGAGGACUGAGAUAAGACUCAUGAGUACCAACAAAUAUAAGCUUAAGAAAUCAAGAAACAGACCAACUCACUUCCAUCGGACUUCAAUUUUCUUAUACCUUCAAAAACAAGCCAACUCUCACUCUAUUCCAACUAGAGAGAAUGAAAAACACAUAGACCUAAAGCAUGACUACCCAUUUCAAGAGGAGAGCUGAAACAGAACACAAAAUGACAUGCCAUACAACUCAGCUUAACUCCCUGUUGUAGCUAGCCAAAACAAAACUAUGUGACAUAUAUGAUUCUGCAUUUCACAAACUUUUCCUUCACCAACUAAACCCUGAUAAUUGAAGCAUUAGGACAGCAAGUCCUUAAGCCUUUCAAAUGAUCAAAUUUUCCAACGGUUAGAGGUGACUGAGGAAUAAUCAUAACUCUUCAUUAAGCGAAAUCAGAGUGAAAGCAUUAGCAUGGAACUAAAGUAGCCACUACCAACAUGGGAACAGCUGAGCUUUUGCUAACACCCUUCAUACUCAACAUUCUAAAGUACUUAUCACACCUAACAAGCAAAAUCAGCAAGAGACGAAUCGCGAGAAUGAAACAACCACGAGCUAAGAGCAACAUGCAGCCAAACAAGGAUCUGAAAUCCAGAAAUGAAGAACAAACGCUACAAGAUCUGAGCAAACGUUACCUGCAUAUCUCACUUGACGAUUUCAAGAAGAGUGACGGCCAUGUCAGUGACACCGCAACUGAGGAUAUCGCCGACGAUACAGGAGGCAUAGAAAGCCGGAGAGUACAUCUCGAUCUUCCCGGGAUCGCUAUUCUCCUUUCUCUUCUUCCUCCUCAUAAUCCUCUUCAUCACAAUUUUCUUCUACUUCUUGUGUUGGCUGCUUUUUCGAAGUUUCUUUCUUGGAGAGUUGAUCUCGAAGCUCCCUAAUUUUCCGCUUGUUCGAAUUCAGAACUGCAAGGAACUGGACCACAAACGAUGGAAUUAGUUAUACUAUGGAACCUAUACCUAACAAGCAAAAUCAGCAAGAGUCAUCGCGAGAAUGAAACAACCACGAGCUAAGAGCAACAAGCAGCCAAGUGUUGUCGACUAAACUCAAGUCAAGUGUGUGCCUCAACUCUAAUGGGAGAAAGUUGGUCAAUCACUACUACCAUUCUCAUGCUUCCCUAUGAUUCUUUCAAGCCAAAAUCAGGCCACCCGCGACAUUGCAGUAACUGAAUUAUUCACUAGGUACUAACCAACAAGAAGAGCCAGGAACAACUAAGCUCACCAUUUCAAAGACCUAUGGCAGCCCCAAAGCUAGAUAGAACGAAACCAAACCCUUCAUACAAUCCCUUCAAUCUUCCUAACUUAUAAUGAAGUUUGAUUCACAUAAGGGGUAAAUCGAAUCCAAAAGCAAACCAAAUUGAACACAGUUCCAAACGGGACAAAAAUUAUAGAAAAAGCGAAUCACUAACUCGUUUGCAGCCAUCGCCGGCAUCGUCGGACCUCUAGACCGAGCCAUGGAUUUGAAACCCCAGGUGCAUCUCCGCCAAUUGGAUAUACUCGGAAACUGGCUGACCCACUACGCCACUCUAUCUCUCACAUCCUCUUCCCUAGCUGCCAAAUUUGAAGCAAAAGCUCGGAUGAUAAUAAAAAAAAAACUGGAGAAACGGAACAGAGAGAUUCAAACACGAGAGUCAAUAUGAGUCGAAGAAGAAAACUAGGAGAAGGGGAUAUAUAGGUUUACCGUGGGAGACCCAAGAGUGGAGGCCGUCGGUGAUGGAGAGCUUCGUGGGCAGGAGGGAAAGGGGAUGUUGGCGUAGUCUAAUGCUCAAUGCAACAGGCAAAACAAGAAAGGGGGCUCAGGGGAUGAGCGAAGUGAGUGUGAACUUUUCUUAGGGUUUAGAUCGAUUUGAUUUGGGGGAGAUAAGGAACAUGAGAACUGCGGUUCAUCCGCCUCAAUCGAUCAAUCGAACGCUGCGGAUGAGAUUCAAACUGGAGAGAUGAGAAACCCUAAAAAUUACAGAGGAUUGGGGUCUGACUUGAGAAGGGGUGUGUUUGUUCAGUGGUAGAGUCGACCUGAAUUGGGGGAGAGAUAAGGGAUAGGAGGAUCGAGAAGGAGAAAGGAGGAUACAAACAGCCUCUCACUUAUGAUGAAGAAGACGAAGUGGAAGAGAUAAAUGAGGACAAAACGACAAGAUGAUGAAUUGUAAUGACAGGAGCAGUGAAGUUGUAGAUAAUUAUGAAGUUUGGGUGGUUUAGAUUUAUAAUUUGGUAAAAGAAGUACUAUAGUUUAGAGGACUAUUAGUUAAAUGAUUGAUUUCGGUGGAAUGUAUCAUAAAAAUUGAUAUGGGACUAAAACGUAAACAACAAUUAAUGAAUGGAUAUGAUUGUAAUUGUAUUUAUUAUUAAUAAUUAUUUUAAUUAUAAUUAAAUUAUAAAUAAUUAAUAAUUAAUUUAUAGGUGUGAACGCAGGCGUACACCGUAUACCAGGUGUACGCUAGCCUGAACCAUAUAUAUAUAUAUAAGACUUAGUUUUGCUAUAGCCAAGGGAGUGGGGCCCAGAUUGAAUCCCGGCUACCCACUAAUUUUUUGUAGACCUUUGUUUGUUCUGCUUCUACUUAUAAAAUAUUUAUUUAUAAAAUGAAUCAUGAGAUUAUUA